UGGCAGGACCUGAGUUAUGUCGCGUGCAGCUGGCCUAGGGCAAUGUUCAUUGACAUUUCUAUGCUCACAACUGUCUUCAUCUCCACCGAGAGGUGUCUCUGUGUCAUCCUGCCAUUUAAGGUCAAAGGUGAACUGAUUUUAAAUAUGGAACAGCCUCGAUUCCAAUAUUUCAUUAAUGAUUGGUCAGAAUGGUAUUGCUGUAAAGUUUACAGUGUAAACCUUGAUAAUUGGGAGACAUUUUGUCAGGCUUGAACAUUUCGAUUAUAAAUAAUUGGACUAUAAAUAAUUGAAAUAACUUUAUAGCACCAGUUUUAGGGAUGUUUUCUACACAUUUUUAUAAUUCUCCCAAAAGUCUCAUUAAAAAAAAAUAAUUGCCUUAGUUUUGAGAUUUCUAGAAAAACAUGCUUUAAGUGAAUUGCAUUUCUUAGAUCUGUUUUUUUUUUUAAUAUGCUGGAAGUGAACCACACAUUGUAAGCAGAGCAGAGUCACAUUUUUUUAAUAUAAAUAAAGGAAACUUAUCACAUCUAAACACACAAAAAUCUCUAAAAAAUAAUUCAAUCCCUUCUGGUUAGUUACAAUUUUGAGCCAUUGAAAUAAAUUAAUUAGGUAAUUAUGAGUGUGGCUCGUUAUUGCAAUUUUUGUAAUUAGACAUUUUUGAAGUCCACCCAAUAUGUUGUUUAAACAAUUUUCUACCUUUGCUACUAAACGACUGCAAAAUGGCUUAACACUAAUAAUCUUAUAAAAAGGUUUUAUAUUUACAGUCAUAAUAAAAGUUAUACUAUUAUAAAUGUAACGUUUUCUAUUCCCAGGCCUUAUUACAGCUUCCAGAGCCGCCAAGAUAUUGAUCAUCAUUUACCUGUUCCAAUUUUCCUGCUACAUGCCCGUCUUUGUGACCAACGGGCUGUCAUGGCAACCCACCAUGAUGUACACAACGAAUCAAUCCACAAGUAACCUGAGACUAGACAUAUGGUUCGCACCAGGUCGUGUCCAGAUUGAGACCGUCAGUAACAUAUUUAACAGCAUAUCUAUCCCAACCAUCUCCUUUAUCACUGUGGUAGCCUGUACGUACAUCCUCAUCCAAGCUUUAAGGCGAUCUGCCCACUUUAGAUCACAGGCUGCAUCUUCUCAUACCUCUGCUGGAGACACUUCCCAAAGGAACGCUUUGAAAGAGAGAAAUUUGGAGAACGGAAGAGAAACAAGGCCAGCUGCAGGGCUAGAGUCUCACGAGUCCAAGGACAAAGCAUAUAUUUUAUCAAGCAAAGACAGAAAGGUGGGGAAGCUGGUGACUUUAGUGGCUGUGGUUUUUAUCUUGUGCAGCAUGCCCCAGUUGAUGGUCGUUUAUGGUAGAAGGUUUCUCCCUGACCUCGACGUAAAUGGACGAUAUGAGAAUUUCAUGUGGACGGCGUUUGGGACUGGGUUCAUCAUCGGUGGUAUCAAUGCUUGCAUCAAUAUGUUCAUUUAUCUCAAUUCUAGCUCUAGGUAUAAGACAGUGUUUAAUGAGAUCUUCUGUCACGGGGAUACUUAAAGUAGUCCCUACAUCUCAGCCUUUUUCCUCAAGUCUUAUGAAAGAAUGAAGUCGUCUCUACAUCUCAGCCGUUUUCCUCAAGUCUUAUGAAAAGAUGAUCUGUAAUCUUCUUUGAAAUUCAAUUAUUUGUUCUUACAGCUAGUAAUAAUCUACUGCAUGCUUAUCUAUGAUAUCUCAAUACAGAGGGCAAAGCUUAAAUCUGAA